AUGGCUGUCGAGCCGGGCCUUUCUGCCGAGCAGGUGGCCGCCUUUGACCGUGACGGCUACCUUAUCAUCCCGGAUGCGCUGCCGCCUGCGGCCGUCGCCGCCCUGCUGCAGGAGACGCACCGGCUGCUCGCUGAAGACUUCACGCUCGAGGGCCACCCGCUGACCAAGUUCCAGACGGGCGGCGACGACGGCCAGGAGCAUGUUGGUGAUGACUACUUUUUGGGGUCGGGCGACCAGGUGCGCUUCUUCCUCGAGGAGGACGCGUUUGAUGCGACGACGGGCAAGCUGGCCAAGCCCAAAGAGCGCGCGGUCAACAAGAUCGGCCACUACCUGCACGUCCUGAACCCAGUGUUUGCCAAUGUGACAUCCCCGAAAGACAAGGACACUGCCCCGGAAUUUGCCGAGGCUCACCCCGUGGGACCGAUCGCGCGGAGCCUCGGCUUUCGCGACCCGAGAUGCCUCCAGAGCAUGAUUAUCUGCAAGCAGCCCGAGAUUGGCGGCGCUGUGCCGCCGCACCAGGACAGCACCUUUCUGUACACCGACCCGCCGAGCGCCGUGGGGUUUUGGUAUGCGCUGGAGGACGCCACGGUGAGCAACGGCUGCCUGUCAUUCUGGCCCGGCUCUCACAAAACGGCGCCUGUCCGCAAACGUCUGAUGCGUCGGGACGAUCGGACCGGCACCCACAUCGUCGACAACCCAGGUCCACAGUUCCCAAAGGAGAGUGCCGCUCCAAGGGGCAGUCUAAUCGCCCCCUCCGCCGAAGACGAUGCGAGCAAAUAUGUACUGGGCGAGGUCAAGGCCGGCUCGUUGGUGCUGAUCCACGGCAACCUGCUGCACAAGAGCGAGAAGAACACGAGCGACAAGGGCCGUAUCAUUUAUACCUUCCACGUUAUCGAAGGCCAAGGCACGACGUACGACGAGAAGAACUGGCUGCAGCCGCCGGCCGAGGGUUUUACAAAGCUAUAUAUGCAUGAGCUGCCUGGUUGA